AUGAAGGGUAUUCUCAAGAACAGCCUGCUUACAGCGGCUGCCCUGCCAGCUCUAGCCUCGGCCGCCUGCAUCUCCUCGGGCGAUCAGAACACGAUCAACAAUGCUCUCCAGUCCGGAGGAAACGGCGCUGUUGUCCAGCUCUGCGCCAACGCCGUGAUCCAGAUCUCGAGCCAGAUCAGCUUCACAGCUGACAACCAGGAGAUCUCCACCGAGGGCUAUCCCACAGGCAGCACGAGGGGUACUAUUCAAGUUGCCCCGGGCAGCUCUGCCAGCACUUUGAUCUACGGCAAAAACUUCAACAACAUCCGCAUCAAGAACAUCCAGCUUGACGGCAACAGGCCGGGGGCUGGUCUCUUCCCUGGGGGCGCUGCCAACAUUGAGAUUGGGGGCUUCACCACUGGCCAGACCGUCUCUAACGUCGCUUCAAAGAACCCUCGUGGUUGGAGCUGUCUCCAUGCGAUUGGCUCCGGAGACGAUAAUAACCCGUGCAAGAACGUGACCAUCAUCAACAAUGACAUUGGCCCUUGCGGCCAGUCUGGCACUGACGCCAAUGGAAAUGCCCAGUGGGCGGAUGGUGUGUCUCUUGACUGCACUAACUCGCUGGUACAAGGCAACACCAUUAACGGCCCUACGGAUGGGGGUAUCGUCAUCUUCGGCUCUCCUGGAAGCACCGUCACGGGCAACACCAUCAUCUCCUCGCCUGACUACGUGGGCUUCGGCGCCAUUAAUAUGGUCGACCCCGAGUAUGGCGGCAGCUACGCUGGUGUCAGUGUCACGAACAACAAUAUCCAGGGCCAGAAGCUCUUCAACCUGGGCAUCGGGAUUGGCGCCAAUGCCUGGUCUUUCAACGACCCUUCUCCCCUGAAGGGCCCCGCCACCAUCACUGGCAACACCAUUACUGGGCAUGUCAGCUUUCCCAUUGCCAUCAACGGAUGGACCAAUGGCAUCACAAUUACCGGCAACACCGUCUCUGGCGUCACCAAUCCCAAGUCUAGCUUUGCCGAUGCGUCUCACUGCAGUUCCGCAGUCCAGAGCGUCUUCAACCAGAACGCAAACCUAAUCUACUACCCGCCUGGCGUCACUGGACCGCAGAAUCUCCAGUCCGGCUUCGUCGCUGCCCCCGGCAAUGUGACCAACUUCCUGUGCUCGAGCCCGCCUCUGCCGAACUCGGUCUCGUUCAAUGCCGGCUCACUGACAAUUGGCCCCGACACUGGUCCAUUUGCUGAUCUGCACGGAGUCAUUGCCCAGUACCAGGGCGACAACAAUGUCGUCGUCCUGCAGAACGGAUCUCCUGUUUGGGCAUCGGGCCACACCUUGAGCCAGGGAUGCAAUGGCGGCUGCCAGCUGAGAUUCGAUUCCUCUGGAAACCUAGGCACCUACUUCAAUGGCGCUGUCCAGUGGAGUACCAACACUGGAGGCCGAGGCAAGACCAUGGUUGUCAUCAACACGGCGCCUUGGAUCCAGAUCAAGGACGGCUCUGGCGCUGUCAUCUGGGACACGACGAAGAGCACUUAG